UCAUAUCCACGUCCAGAAACCCGGCCCAAACUGAACCAACGGUGAGCGCUGCUGUAAUAAAACCCUAGGAAACGAACGAGGAAUUGUCGAUAGGGUUUUAGAGCUUCUGUUGCAGAAACUCAGCGGAGCAGACAGAGAGAAACUCAUCAGAGCCGCCUCAUUCGCAUACCUCCAUUCUCAGAAGAGUUCUCAGAGAUGCCGAAGUCCAAGCGCAAUAGACCAGUGACGUUGUCGAAGACGAAGAAGAAGGGGAGGGAACACAAAGAAAACAUUGUGAAUUCUAUAAGGGAGGCUGUAGAAAAGUACAAUUCUGUGUAUGUGUUUAGUUUUGAGAACAUGAGAAAUCUCAAAUUCAAGGAGUUCAGAGAGCAGCUCAAAUCCACUAGCAGGUUUUUCCUGGGAUCCAACAAAGUCAUGCAGGUUUCUAUUGGUCGAUCUGUCGCUGAUGAAAUCAGGCCAGGUCUUCACAAGAUUUCGAAACUUCUGCGGGGGGAUUCUGGCAUUUGCUUUACCAAUUUGCCAAAAGAAGAGGUCCAAAGAUUAUUUGACGAAUAUGAAGAAUAUGAUUUCGCAAGGACUGGAAGUAUUUCAACAGAAAAGGUGGAGCUUAAAGAAGGUCCUCUUGACCAGUUCACACAUGAGAUGGAACCCUUCCUGCGGAAGCAAGGGAUGCCUGUUCGGUUGAACAAAGGUGUGGUGGAGCUUGUUUCAGACUUUGUUGUCUGUGAAGAAGGGAGGCCAUUAUCGCCUGAAUCAUCUCGCAUACUGCGUCUCCUGGGUAUCAAGAUGGCUACCUUCCGGCUUCACUUAAUAUGCAGAUGGAGCCCUGAGGAGUUUGAACUUUAUAAAGAAGGGUUGGAGGAUUCAGAUGUUGAGUCCUCAUAGGAUACCGGCUCCGGCUAAUCAUGAUCCUUGUUAGCCUUACCAAUCAACACCUCUAUAAAGCCGGGGCUAUCUUAUUUUUCUUUUGAACCUUGAGAUCGGCCGAAGUUAUACUGAUAUGCAUGAUUUUGACAUGCAGCUUCGUAUUUAAGCUGUUGUACUUUGCAGAGUGCACUUAUGUUUUGGCUCUUUUGCUGUUGGUUGUGAGUGUCUCCUAAUAGAUGUAGUGUAAAAUUUUGUAGGACCAUAGGGAAUUUUGAUCUUUUUCCCAUUUCUC